AUGUCCAGUUUACAGGAGAAAAAGGAUCGUUCAUAUAAAUUGGUCGUGGUCGGUGGAGGCAGUGGUGGAUGUAGUGUGGCUUCGUCAUUUUCUCGAUACCUGGGUAAGGGACAUGUGGCUGUUAUCGAACCAAACCAGGAACAUUAUUACCAACCUCUGUGGACUUUGGUUGGUGGGGGGCUUAAGAAUGUUGAACAAUCAAAACAGCCAAUGGUAAAUGUCCUGCCCCAAAACUGUGACUGGAUCCAAGACAAAGUAGUGACCUUUGACCCUGAAGGUUGUUCAGUAACAACCCGAAAUGGCAGUAAGAUCUCUUAUGAGUACCUUGUGGUGGCUAUGGGCCUACAACUAGAUUUUGACAAGGUGACAGGCCUUGUUGAUGCCAUACAGUCAGAUCCAAUGGUUGUGUGUAACUACAGUGUAAAAACAGUUUCCAAAACAUUUCCAGCACUGCAAUCUUUCAAAAGAGGAAAAGCUAUUUUCACUUAUCCAAACACACCCAUCAAAUGUGCUGGGGCUGCUCAAAAGAUCAUGUACCUCACUGAUGACUUCUUUAGAAAGAAUGGCAAGCGAGAUCAAUCUGAUAUUGAGUAUUUCACCAGCCUAGGUAUGAUAUUUGGGGUAAAAUAUUAUGCUGAGAAGCUAGAAAAAAUUGCUGCAGGACGGAACAUCAAUGUAAAUUACUUACACAAUCUGAUUGAGGUACAAGCAGAUAAACGAGAAGCUAUCUUUGCCAAAAUUAAUAGUGAAGGUGGUGAAACAGUAACUGUCAAGUAUGACCUGCUGCAUGUUACUCCACCAAUGUCAGCACCAAACGUUAUAAAAGCCAGUCCUUUGACUGAUACUUCAGGAUAUGUAAAUGUUAAUAAACAAACACUUCAGCAUGUGAAAUAUUCAAAUAUUUUCAGUUUAGGAGAUUGCACAAACAUUCCUACUUCAAAAACAGCUGCAGCAGUUGCAUGCCAGAGUGGAAUACUACAAAACAAUCUCAAAGCAGUGAUGAAAGGUAAUUCUAACCAGAAAAUGUAUGAUGGAUACACAUCUUGUCCUAUAGUUACCAGUUCUAACAAAUGCCUUCUAGCAGAAUUUGACUUUGACAAUCAACCACUGGAGACUUUCCCAUUCAAGCAAGCUAAAGAAAGGUCAUCUAUGUUCUUUGUCAAAUCCUAUUUAUUACCAUUUAUCUACUGGAAUCUCAUGACAAAAGGCUACUGGAGAGGACCUAAAUUUUUCAGAAAAUUAAUGCAUCUUGGUCUGAGCAAAUAA